AUGUCUGAAUAAAUGCUAUUAAGGGCAGCCUUUGUUGACUUUUUAAAACAAAUGCUUCCUUUAAUUAUUGAUCCUUUACUUAUUGUAAACAGCCAUUUCAAAAACUUCACUCUACUACUUGAAGAUUAGACAAAAACAUCUCAAUAGAUUUUAGAAUUUAUAGAAAAACUUAAAUUCUAACCCAAAACUGAAAAUAAAGUUGCUCAAUAAGCUAUUAUUACAGAACCAGUAUCUAAUCCCUAAGACCCAAAAGUAUUAACAAUCCCUUUAAACUAAGUUUAAGGGACAAGCUAAAAUAGAGGAUAUCACAGAAGGUAUUUGAGUCAUUAAACUGAUAUCUAUUCAAGAAUAAAAAAAGACAAUUUGCAAGACAAAUAGCCUAUUCAAGAAGAAAUCUAGCCAAAGCCAGCUGCUAUUGAAAAGAUUUAAGUUUAAUGUACUAUUUUUGUUUUUAUUUAAGAGCCUGGAAAAUUCACUUGCUAAUUCUAAAAGUUUCUCUAAAUAUAAGAUAAUGAUGGAUUCUCUAUAGUUUCUAAAGAAUGUAUUUUAGAUGACUUAGAAUUGGCGAUGAAAGAAUUUCGAAGAAAUACAAAGACUUUGCUUUGUAUGGCAGAAAGGAGCUCCGAAGUCAAUACUAGUGAAUCUACUGAAGUUGAUAAGACCCUUAAACAUAAGGAUUACAACUUUAGUAAAUACUUAGAGACAGCAGUGGAACACCAGGAAAAUAAAACAGCCGAAAAUACUCUUAGAAGAGGGAAUAAUUUUAAUAUUCUUUAAAAAUACAAGACAGUGAUUAAAAAUAAUUGA